AUGCUGCUGAGCCGGGCCACCUCCACCCCCUUUUCUGUCAGUGACAUCCUGCAGCUGGAGGGCCAGCAAAGCGGCCCCGCGGUUUCGCCACACCGGGGAGUGCAGAGGAACCCCGACAACUCUCGGUACCUGCGAAUGGCCCCAGAACCGCGAGGGUCAGAUGAUCACUACACCGGUAGUGGCGGCAGCAGCGGCGACAGAAGGCAAGACCGAUCAGAGCCUCCUGGCAAUCCCUGUGAGGCGGACAUGGAGGUGCACGCGGAACGGGCGAGGGAGUCACAGCUGGACCUGAGCCCGGCCUCUCCCCUCCGCGGCGGGACUGGGAUGUCGGGGCCCAGCGUCGGCAACAGCGGCGACAGCAUGCGCGGUGGCGGCACGGAGCAGCCCAGGGCGCGGCAGCGGCGGAAGCCGCGCGUGCUCUUCUCGCAGGCGCAGGUGCUGGCCCUGGAGCGGCGCUUCAAGCAGCAGCGGUACCUGUCGGCGCCCGAGCGCGAGCACCUGGCCAGCGCGCUGCAGCUCACGUCCACGCAAGUCAAGAUCUGGUUCCAGAACCGGCGCUACAAGUGCAAGAGGCAGCGCCAGGACAAGUCGCUGGAACUGGCCGGCCACCCUCUAGCGCCGCGCCGGGUGGCGGUGCCAGUGCUGGUGCGCGACGGCAAGCCCUGCCUGGGCCCCAGCGCGCCCGCCUUCCCUGGCCCCUACGGAGCGCCCGCGACCCCCUAUUCCUGCUACGGCGGCUACUCGAGCGCCCCCUACGGCGCGGGCUACGGCAGCGGCUACUCAGGCGUGACCCCGGGCCCAGUGCCACCCACACCCCUGGCGGGAGCGGGCUUCGGCCACAGCGGCCCGAGCGCCACCCCGCAGAGCCAUCUGCCUGCCACACUGCAGGGCGUCAGGGCCUGGUGA